UAUGAUUAAUACUAAAAUGUCAAAGUUAAAUUAUAAAAUUGUAGGCACCACUCCUUAAAAAUUAUGUUCGUUAAUGUGCGUUAAUGUGGUUGCAGUUAAUCGAAAAGAAAAAAGCAAAAAAUGAGACAAAACUCAAAACAUUGCAAAAUGUGAACAAAAAUAUGGGUGUAAGUGUAAUAUUUUAUUAAUUUGUGGUGAAGCAGUUGAUUUAGUUUUGAUAAAAGUUACGAAUUUGGAGUGUAUCCGUAUGCCAAUUAAAAUGAAUAUCGCCAAGAUAUUUAAAAGACACACGCACAAAAACUCAGAUGAUAACGGUCCUUCUGUGAUAGGAAAUCCAACUAAUGUAAUUCAUGAUAUUCAUGUUUUUACAAACAAAGAGACUGGGCAGCUCGAGGGUUUGCCACUGGCGUGGCAGCGACAAAUCGGUAACCUUUUUACUAAAGCAGAACAAAAUAAUAAUCCUGAUGCUUUGUUGCACGCCGUAAAGUACUAUAAUUAUUCGAUUAAGAAAAAAGAAGAUUCCGAACCCCCUUUCAAACCUUUUGUAACAGAGCAAGAUAUUGUUGAGGAGAGCGAGGAAAUUGACAAGUUUAUGAAUUCUGAUGAUGCACAUGAAAGCAGAGAAUGUCUUCUGUCUGAUGAUGAUAAACCUGCAAGACGUUUGCCACCAAAUUUUCCAGAGUUUUCAAAUAGGAGAGAAACAUUGCCGGCCAUACCACCAAAGAAAUCGACGAACAAACUCGCAAUAAACAAUCAUUUAGCGAAAAGUAUAGAAGACUUAACAGCAGUAGAAGAGAGCCCAGUGUUACGAAGAAAAACUUUAGAAUUCUCUCAAACUGAUGAGGAUGUGAUGAGGGAACUCAGAAGCAUUUGUAAUCCAAAUGACCCCUUUGAACGUUACAGUAGAAGUAAUAAAGACCUGGGCGCUGGCGCAUCGGGCAUAGUCUUCGUCGCCACCGACUUAGUGACCGCCAACAAGGUGGCCAUCAAAGAUAUUGAUAUGACUAAGCAAGCUAGAAAAGAACUUUUGCUAAGCGAAAUUAAAAUCCUUAGAGACUUCAAGCACAAAAAUCUAGUCAAUUUUCUGGAUGCCUAUUUAGUUUAUGACGACCAUCUUUGGGUUGUGAUGGAACUUCUAGACGGUGGUCCUCUGACGGAUGUGGUCACAGAGACCAUAAUGAAAGAAGGUCAAAUUGCUGCUGUUUGCCACGAAGUCCUUCAGGCAAUCAAUUACUUACAUAAAAGGGGAACAAUUCAUCGGGACAUUAAAUCAGACAAUGUAUUGUUAGGAAUGGACGGGACAGUUAAAGUGACCGAUUUCGGCUUUUGCGCCAACAUUAUAGGGGACGAACAAAGACAGACAAUGGUUGGAACUCCGUACUGGAUGGCUCCAGAGGUAGUUACAAGGAAGCAAUAUGGAAAGAAAGUUGACAUCUGGUCUCUAGGUAUUAUGGCGAUCGAAAUGAUCGAAGGAGAACCACCGUACUUGAGAGAGCCACCUCUUAGGGCUCUUUAUUUGAUUGCAGCUAAUGGAAGACCAAAAAUACCUAGAUGGGACACCUUGUCUAGUAAUUUGCGGAGUUUCAUAGACGAUUGCCUUCAAGAAGAUGUGAAUAAAAGGGCUUCUGCUGAUGAACUGCUGCAGCAUCCUUUCUUGCAAGUACGAAUGGAAUUAUCGACUUUGACUCCUCUUAUUAAGGCAGCUAAGCGGAUUUUGAAUAAGACGUAAUGAUGCUGUAAACCAUGUGCCUUCCAUGUUUAACUUUCCUUCCGUAUAGUAACUGCUUUAAGACUGAAAAGUGGACCAAUCCCAUAUAAUUUUUUUAUCAAUAUUUACAUCAAAUUACCUAUGAAGUUUCAGAUGCAUGUGUGUACAUAUAUUUUUUUGUACAUUUUAAUUGUUUUAGUUUUAGGCUUGAGAGGCCAUUGACAGGUAAAUAUGGUGCAUUUACCUUUCAUGCUAAAUUUAAUUUAAUUAUUUGCUGUAAUCACUAAUUGCACUUAUCGUUUUUUUUGAUAUUUUGGGAAAUGCUUUUAUAUUGAAAAUAAGCAAUUUUUUAAAAAUUUCACUGUAAGAAAUUGUUAAAAGAUACUUAGAUAGUGUCCUUGAAGAAUUUUCUUUAAUAGAAUAAAAAAAAUACGUUUAUUUUCAAAUUGAAAGCAACUUUUCUCAUAUAAAUGCUUAUUAAUAGUAGGUGCAGUUGUUAAUUACAGUAAAAAUAUGAAAUUGGAUUUAGGUCGCGGGAGAAGAGUUCACUAUAUUUAGCAAGCAAUGGCAUUUUUUAUCUAAAUAUUUAGGGUAUUAUUUUUAAUGUAUGCAUUUACUUAUUAUUAUAAAGAGUAUGUUAGUAGGUAGCCAAUUUUUUAUUGAUUACGACCAGUUAAUAAAAUUUACAGA